AGUAUAUCAUUGCUAAAUUGAGCAAUUCUGGUUUUCUUUCAGGAAAUUUAUUUGCCUUCAGACCAGAAUUGAUCGCCGUUCCUCUGCAAUUAAACUAUCCCUCAAGACAGGCAGGUUAUCUUCCCUCUUUUAUGUAAUGAAAAAUUGUGCUGCAACACACCUGCACCUCAGACAAAACUGCUCCAUAUUUGCCGCUUUGAAGCUGGAGGGAAAACAAAGAGUGAAAAUCAAAAAGACCUGACCCUGAGAUAACAGAUAAACAGCCUAUCACAUCUCCUUUCUGCUCCCAGCUAUCUCAAACGAGAUAUGAAAUUAGAAACAGAGCUUCCAUCUUUGAUUUUACCUGUAUGUGAUGCAGUACAUCACUGUAUCUGAAUCCAACAGUAAAGUGAGACUUCAAAAGCAGGGAGGUCUUGGAUUUCAAUUCGGGACCCCCUGGCCAUCGGAUGGAUGAGGUAGAGCGUGUACGGCGAAUGAAGACAACAUCACAAUGAAGAACUGUCUUGAGAGCCACAAAUUACUUUGGGAGGACAGUUAAUGAGGGUGAUAAUACAGAUCUUCGCAGAUGAUAGAUGAGAGGACAGCUAUUACAGGCCAAAUGUGUGAGAUUUAUUGCUUUGUUUUAAAUGCACUACAGGCUAAAUAUGACUGUUUUUUUAUGAUUUGAUAUGUUCAUAAAUCAUUAUUUAAACAAUGGGGGGCUGGAAUGCAAAAGCACAAGCUGAAUGGAAUUUUUGGAUUGUCUUUCUACAACAAUUUUAAAUCUUAAAAUAUUUGAUAAUGUUUCUGAAGAAGCAAGGCGGCAUGAAGGCUAAGUCACUUGGAGUGAGCUGGGAAAGUUACUAGAUACCUGAGCACAAGUGUGUUCAUUCACAGUAAUGUAAUACUGGAAUAAAGUGUGUCACCAUUGCUCACACUGUCUGGACUGUAUAACUGAACCAAACAUGACUUCUUAUCAGAGGCAGUUAUUUAUAUCUAUUAAAUGAAGCAUGUAUACCAAAUUGCAUUUUUAUUACAUUCUUUAAAAAAAAAAAAAACAGUAUUAAUAGCUUAUUUCAUGACAACUUUAUUUAUCUUCUUUCAUUUUUUCAUUAUUUAUUUAAACAGGUCUGUCAUUGCUUCUACAGAUUUUAAAUCUCUAACUCGGCCUGCUAUAAUGUUGUCAAAAAAUAAACAAUGGACAUUCAUAAUGGGUAGUGUACUACCUGAUCCUCCAGAAACUGUAGAUCAGAACCGUUUUUUCCUGUAUGACAAGGUUCCUGACUCAAGCCCCGGGCGACGUCACUGAGUGGGUGAUGAGCUCUGAAUUUCUUACACCACGAGAAAAAAGGUCCCCAGCUGAAGGCAGGAAAAAAGUGUGACGAGAGGAGCACGAAAUGCCUAGACGUCUACCUGUUUGGAUCAGGAUGAGAUCUGGCGCACUCGAAGAAGGGCGCGCGCACACAGGUUCAGCACAUGGCACUCAGAUCAACAGUUUUGCUCUUCAAAAGAAAAACUGAAUAUUUUACAUUCCAAACGGAAACGCUUUUUUAAAGCAUUUUAGUAGUUCGAGAGGUUUGACUACAUUCCAUUAACCUAAUCUAAGUGCACUUCUGCCUGGAAUUUUUCCUUAAUUUAUCUGUUUUUGAUGGAUGAAGAUCUCCAAGAAGUAAGAAUGAUGAUGCUGACGACUUUCCAAGCGGAUUUUGCGAUCGUCCUCACCCGAUGAUGUGCUUCUUGGAAGUGUAUUAUUCAGGGGUGCUGAAUCUUCUCAGACAUUAUCAAACUUUCGCACAGGACAAGCCUUUUUCAUCUCUGGACUAGUUCUUCAGCAUCAGACGUACACUUUUGUCCUUCGACAGGCAUCUGACCAUGACGAUUCCACUUUCCAGAACACAGCUUGCCCUCUUCUUUAUCCUGCUUUGUCCAGUCAACAUUAUCGGGCUCUGGUGGGCAGUGGGGAGUCCCUUGGUCAUGGACCCGAACAGCAUCUGCAGGAAGACCAAACGUCUGGCGGGCAAGCAGGCCGAGCUCUGCCAGACCCAGCCGGAGAUCGUCAACGAAGUAGCCAAGGGCGCCAAGCUGGGCGUGCGGGAAUGCCAAUACCAGUUCCGCUUUCGGCGCUGGAACUGUACCAGCCAGAACAAGUACUUUGGCAAAAUCCUCCAGCAAGACAUCCGAGAGACAGCGUUUGUGUAUGCCAUCACAGCAGCGGGCGUGACACAUGCAGUGACCCAGGCCUGCAGCAUGGGGGAGCUGCUGCAAUGCGGCUGUGAGGCCACACGGAGCAGAGGGCCGCCCCCUCGUUUAGCCAGCAUUGGCCCAACCGAGGGGGUCAAGUGGGAGUGGGGGGGCUGCGGGGACGAUGUGGAGUUCGGCUACGAGAAGUCCAAACAGUUCAUGGAUGCCAGACGGAGGAAGGGCAAAAGUGACAUCCGCACACUGAUAGACCUUCAUAAUAAUGAGGCCGGACGACUGGCGGUGAAGAAUUAUAUGAGAACUGAAUGUAAAUGUCACGGGCUGUCUGGCUCUUGCACUCUGAGGACCUGCUGGAAGAAAAUGCCUCACUUCCGCGAAGUGGGCGACCGCCUGCUUGAGCGCUUCAACGGGGCAUCCAAAGUGAUGGGUGGGAAUGACGGUAAGACUCUCAUCCCAGUGGGGCAGAACAUCAAACCCCCGGACAAGCAAGAUCUCAUCUACUCGGCUGAGUCACCGGACUUCUGCCUGCCCAAUCGGAAGACGGGUUCCUUGGGCACACGCGGGCGAAUGUGCAACAGCACGGCGUUAGACGUGAGCGGAUGUGACCUUCUGUGUUGCGAGCGGGGUCACCGGGACGAGACAGUGGUCCUGGAGGAAAACUGUCUCUGCCGUUUCCACUGGUGCUGCGUAGUCCAGUGUAAAAAGUGCUCAGUUAGGAAGGAACUGAGUUUGUGUCACUAACCGAGAACCUUUGAUGUUGGGAUUGAGGAGAGCGAUUCCAAAACAAGGAUGUGGUGCCAGUGUCAGAACAAAAGAAUCUAGAACAUUCCAGAUUCAUGCAUACACAUUUCAAACCCCGAGGCUUUGGAAAAGCCUAGAGGAGUGUCUGACUUGUGAUUCACCCCUCAGAAAACCCAGGAAGCUAGUCUCAAUGUCCACUCAAGACUCAAGGGGUUCUUUAGCUGUGAAGUCAAGACAUUCAGAAAUUCUUAUCAACAGAUUGAGAAAGCUUUUGUGCAUCUUUUUCUGUUAGAUCAGCCCUAUAUAUUUUAUGAGUUCAGGCUGGAAGCACAUCCACAUCAGCAACGCAGCCACUGUGUAAUGGCUGUUCAUGCUCUGAAGUGACAGAACAUUAAGAAAAGGAUAUUUGGCAUAUCUCUGGAUAUGAAAGACUGUUAUUUAUAAGCAUUUAAUAUCAUGACUACUUCUUGUGACUAAUGCCCUGUUAUUUUCUUUCAAAAGCACUUUGAGAACUUUUAACAGAAAGGGUAACAGGUCAUUUUACUCUUAAACUCAAAGGUACAAAGCAAACGCAAGAGAAGCAACAUGUAAAAACUCUUUAUGUUUGUGAGGUAUUUAAUCUGUGGGGCUUUUAAUGCACUUUUACUGAUUCUGAUCACUAUUUUUCAUUGGUUUGCUCCUUAGUGAAAUGCAUUUUCAGUGUUUUGUUUCAGUUUUGGAUGUUUGUUAAGAGUUCUUGUAUUGUUGACCUUAUAUAUAAUGCCUUUCAGUAUGCUAACACUGCUCAAUAGUUCUCAAAACCAAUUGCAACUGAUCAUUAAUGAUAACGAUCACAGGAAUGCAUGAGAAAUUGUCAUUGUUUUAUCACCUUGAUGUUUUAUUUUCAAUGGAUAUCUCACUGGAGGGUUAACAAUGACAUGGUUUCCAUGUCUGACAUCAUAUCUGUAGGUCAUCAAAAUACCAUUUCAGCACCAUGUUAAAUAAAUUAAGUGUCACCCAAA